GAUCGUAGUCUCGUCAAAGACAGUGCCCAUGAGCCCAUUUUCAGAUCUUCCCUGUAGUUGCAUGACUUCCAGUCCUGCUAAGCCAUGAAAUGUUUUUCUCGAGAGUGAAUGAGUAUCUCAUUCACGCUGAACGCCAAAUUCUCAGAAAGCCUCCGCCUAAAUCCUUGUAACUCACGUUUUCUACGACUUUUACAUCCGAUCCAACAACCACCACCGUCGACACCACCAUAAUGCCAACAGCCAUUCCACCCACUCUCGCCGCAUACAUUCAAGCCUGUCUAGCUGCUCGCACACAGACACUGGUGACAUCAGUCCUAAGCACGCCGUCGCCAUGGCUCUGCCUACGGCUCCUGUACGCCGCGCUUCAUGGCAUUGAAGGCCAGACUCUGGACCGUUCGGAGCCUGUGUCGAGAGACUCCCGGCCAGUCAUCUUCGUGAGUCUACUCAGGCCACUCAGUCUGUGGACUGAGACGGGUAGGAAGUUGGGCCUAGAUAUCCCGGAUCUGCUCAGGAGCAAGAAAAUCAUAUACAUUGAUGGGCUCAGCCUUGCGGCCAGCUCUACGUCAAACCCGAGGGCUGGCCCUGACGGUUUGCUUCCGCCCACGCUGAAACUAAAAUCACUCGGUCUGAACGAUCUACGAGACGCUGUUAAUACAGCGUUGAAGAGUAUGUCUACUCCGCCAGCUGCACCUAUGUUACCAUCAUCGAGAGGGCUUCCGGCUGGUACACCUUCGCCUCGGACGCCUCAACCUGCCUCAACACCUACCCCCGUCCUCCCGACCAACACGAAGCCGAUCAUUCUGUUAGACGGUGUCGACUUCUUACUCGCCUCGGUGCCAAACAUGUCCACCCUGGCAUUAGGAUCGGUCCUCUCGAUGUGGAGGGCACAAUGCCACGCAUUGAUGAUCACUGCUAACGCCGAUGCGCCUUUGCUCCAUACUGCCACGUCCCAUGAUUCUGGUACACCAUUGGAACGAGAUCAUGCACACUUCCUGACCAGUAUGGCGCAUCAGAGUCGAUGGGUGUGGCAACUACGCGGGCUGGAUACAGGAAGUGCAAAGGACGUGACGGGCGUGCUGAGGAUAAGUCGAGGAGGAGACCUAAACUUCGAGGAAGGGAGUAGUGGUGCUGGAGCCCAGUCCCAUACAAGACUUGACGACAUGCCAGAUGCAGAAUGGCUGUAUCAGCUCAAAGGUGACGGCUCGGUUAGAAUCUGGAGUCGUGGUGAAUGAGUUGACGUUAGUAA